AUGCCAGGAGCUAAUGAAUCUCCUGAAAGUGGAGAUAUGUCACCAAAAGACAGCUCUGACACGAAUGUAACAACAGAGACGGGACCGGAAACAACAAAUGCCAACGAGAAUAGUUCAGCACCACGGAAACGGUCAAAGGUUUCGAGAGCUUGUGAUGCAUGCAGAAGGAAGAAAAUUAGAUGUGAUGCGGAGUUGAGCUCAUCAUUGCAAACAGUGACGAAGAUAUGCAAUAAUUGUGUGAAGAAUGGCGAAAAGUGUACGUUUUCGAGGGUGCCCUUGAAAAGAGGCCCAUCCAAAGGGUACAUUAGGGAUUUGGAAGACAAGUUAGAAAACACUUCGCGCACGAGAAAGAAGUCAUUUUCGUUGGAAACCAAGAACCAGCCAUUGCCGUACCCUAACUCGUUGCAGAGAAAUUCAGUAACGGGAGCUACCACCACCUCCCCACCGACAGCCACUUCUACAAUUGUUACGUCUGGAACUGCGCAAUCUGGCUCACCUAUUAUCUUACCACCAUUAAUUGGGGCUUAUUCUCAACCAAAGAUUAACGUCUUACCUCCUGCUGUAGCAUCGGUGAAGAACAUUGAGCAAGGAUCGAACCCAUCCUCACCAUUGAACGGAAUUUUGAAUCCCCCAGCAGUAGACCAACAGAUGUCAACUUCAACUACUACCUCAACCACACCUUCUAAUAAUUAUCAUGCUACCCACAGUCCCCCAAUCCAAGGUCCGUUUUGGAAAGUUCCUUACGAGAUGCCUGGUAACAAUAAUGCUAAUAAUAAUAAUAAUAGCAAUUCAUUCAAUUCCGCACAUAAUCGUAAGUUGUCUGUUGAGUCUAUUUCGUCCAAUUCUUCAAAUGGCUCAAGAUCAAGGUUGCCUUCUUUGAAAACGUCGAACUCAAUUUCAAGCGAUAUGGGGAUAUCUGAUAGUGACGAUGAUUUUUAUUCUAUCAGGUCAUUUAAGCAAUCAAGGCAAUCUUCUCAAUCAUUAUCACCUAGAAACUCGAUUAGUUCAUUAUCAAGUUUAAAUGGCAGGAUGAACAAAAACUUGGUUUUAUCUCAACAACCUCAUCCUCAUCAACAAGUGAUUAUGUCUCCCCAUGAUCAACAAGCUCCACCUCCACAAAAUAUGUAUUAUUCUACGGCGCCACAUGUUACUACAUCCCCUAUCUAUCGUCCAAAUUUACCACAAAGUGCCACCUACGGUGCCCCUCAGACAUAUUCCAAAGUCCCUGCUAAUUCAAUUGAGCAAAACUUAUCCAUAUACUAUACAAAAUUCCAUAAUAAUUUUCCGAUCCUACCAUUUGACCAAAAAUUGAUAGUGAAUAUUUUAGAAGGCCUAGUUCUUAAUGAUCAAACUAAAGUGAUUGUGGAAUUGUUCAACUGUUCCUUAACAAAUUUGAAUAAUUUCCAAUUUCAGAAUAUCAACGAUAAUAUUAAUCUAAUCUUACGAAUUUUGCAAUUAUAUCCAUUUAAUAACUUUGGAAUAAAGUUGAAUGAUAAUAUUCUUAUCUUAUUUUUUUCAUCAUUGAUUCUACUAAAUUAUUCUAUUUUAUUGAAUGGUGAUACAUAUUCGUUGGGUAUUUCAUUGACAUCAUCAAUAUUGAAUGACUUUAAAGUUCUAGAGAAUUUCAAUCUAUUAAUUAAGAACAAUAUCAAAGACUUGGCCCCUGAUGAUAUUAAGUUAUAUUUGCCCAAACUUUAUUAUUGUUUAUCAAUAAUGGAUAACCUUCAUUGUUUAAGUUUUGGGAUCCAGAAUACUAUUCAUAACAAUAAGUUGGUAGACUUCUUGUAUGAUAAUUUGACCAAGUUGAUUCCCAUGAGUAUUGAUAAUCAAGGUAUACUCAAUUUCAAGAUUUCGAAACUCUUAAGUAGUUUGAUUAAUACGAGAGAUGAAAUUGUUGUAGAUGAUAGGUUGAAAUAUACUCUCAAGAGGAAUAAAGAAGAUUGGAAUUAUGGUGCUGAUUUACAUCAAUGUCAAGAUUUUGCAUCUUUAUUUAUCAAUUUCAACAAAGAUAAAUAUGAUUUGAUUGAAUAUUUACAUGAGCUUAAUCAAGUCUUGAAUCAAACAUCUAUUGAAGAUAGAGUUAAUGAUACAAUUCAUGAACAUCAUUUGCGAUUAUGCAAAUUAGUUAAAAAGUUAUCACAAACUAUUAUUAAUUUAGCCAACUAUAUUUCUACGAUAAGUUCGCAAAAUUCUAAUACUAAUAGUCCUGGUACAAACAGCAACAGUUAUAAUUCUGAGUUAUUCACACCUGUUUUGAAUAUUUCGUUUGGACAAUCGUAUAAAUUGAUUAAGCUUUGCAAAUUGAUAAUAGAUAGUUUAGUCAAAUUAAACAAUGAUCCUGAUCUUAUCAACAAAUUGAUUAAAAUCAAUAAUGAUCUUUCAAUUGCAUUUAAUUUGUUAAACAGUAAUUUGAAUAAGUCAUAUAAUCCAUCGAUUAUCUUGGGACAGUUUUCCAUGAAUCUAAUUAAGAAUAAAAUUGAAUAUUACAAUUUGAAUUUUAAUUUGCCAAACCAAGCACUGAAUAAGGAAUCUGAUAUAAGCCAAUGGAAAAACGAAUUUGUCAAUUCUAUCAUGCCUUUUAUUGAUAAAGAAGAUAAUGAAGGUUGGUAUUAA